AUGACAACUACGACAAGCACUCAGAGCCAAACGCAAAAGGCGUUCGGCGUAUCAAACGACGUCGAAAUUCCUCGCGGAGAAACGAAAUCAUCCCUCGUCUUCUACAAAGACCCUGAGGAUGGCUCACGUCCAUUCAACUAUGUCGAGCAGCCACCAGAGGGAAUGCCACAACGCAACUAUGGCGAAGACAAUCAAGAAGUUGUCAUUCACGACAUUCGCGGACACGAGCACGAAUAUGACAUGAAUGUCAACGGAUUUGGKGUUGUUCAGGGUAUCGAGUCAGAGGAGAAGGACUUUACGGACGACGAGAAGAUCAAGGCAAACUACUACCCUGAAGUUGAGAAGGUCCUCCUGGACAACGCUCGCGGAGCAAAGCGAGUCUUCAUCUUCGAUCACACUGUCCGACGAAGCGACCCCAACGCAAAGAGAGCGCCUGUCAACAGAGCACACAUCGACCAAACAACAAAGUCUGCUAUUCAGCGUGUGAACUACCACAUGGGCGGUGAAGCUGAGGAACUGCUAAAGGGUCGAUAUCGCUUGAUCAACGUCUGGAGGCCAUUGAAUGGACCGGUGGUUGCUUCGCCGUUGGCAUACGCCGACUCGAGAUCUGUUCCAGACGAUGACAUUGUACCCGUGGAACAUCGAUACCCUCACCGAACYGGUGAGACCGCUGGUGUCAAAUACACGCCCAACGGCAAAUGGCACUACUGGAGCGGAAUGAAGAACGAUGAGAGAAUUCUGUUGCAGUGCUACGAUUCGAAGGACAAGGCGAGAACCCCUCACUCUGCCUUUGUUGACCGACGUACUCAGCCGCAUUUCCCUGGACGCGAGUCUAUUGAGGUUCGUGCGCUUGUCUUCGGUUAG